UCAGAAUUUUUUUUCUGUUGUUUACAGGCCUUGAAUGGUCUUCCUGCGCUUGAGGAGCUUGACUUAUCAAACAAUAAAAUCAGCAAAAUUGCUGACCUAGGCAGGUGCCGAAAGAUCCAAGAACUGGAUAUCUCCAGAAAUCAAAUCUCAGACUUAUCUGGUUUGAAGGGUCUUCCUAGCCUUACAGUUUUAAGAGUGGAAAAUAAUAAAAUAGCAACCCUUGAGUCCUUGGGAAAGUUAAGGAAUCUACAAGAACUUUAUCUAUCAAGUAACAGAAUAUCAGAAGUAAAGUCCUUUGCCAAACAGUUUCCUUCACUAGAAAUCCUGGAUUUGUCAAACAACCUCAUAGCCGCAGUGGAAGAAAUGUUUGUGCUGUCAAGUAUUUCUUCCCUUGUAGAACUGACCGUAGCAGGAAAUCCUUGUGAAUCGGCAGACACGUUCGGCUGCCAUCGCCAGAUAUUUCAGACACUAACGUCGCUGGAAUUUCUUGAUAAAGUGUCACGCAAGAGACCUAGCACAGGUCAGUCACGCGCGCCACCUCCAAUGAGACCGAUGUCUGCAUCGCAAGUUUUGAGUGCAAAACAAGUCGAGGAGCAGAUAAAAGCAACAGAACUUGAGCAAACUUCUUUUGAGGCGUCUAUCGCUUCACGGUUUAGUAUGGUUAAGGAUCUAUUUGAUUCCCUGCCUAUGGAAUCAACCACCGACUUACGUCACCCACAGUUAACAGGUAUGAUAAUACGUAAUACUAUACAGCUCUAAAUUGGAUCAGCCUUGUAAUUCAGCUGUUUUGGUGACUAUAAAGACCUAACGCCUGCUCCCCUGGGUAGAGAGACUGUGGGAAAAAACUGUCUGUCUCCAAGAGAACACACCGCAAUGACCCUGGAGAGGCGCUCUGCCCAGUCUAUAGUCCAAUCUGCGAACUCUGUCUUCUCCACUCUAUUUAGGGUUGAACCCAGGCGCUAAAGGCGAAUCUUUGUUUACA